CGCAUCGCACAAGAGGAUCCAAUGCCCCGGUCGUGCCGAACAUGUCCCCGCGCGGCACCAACGACUGAUUCCCCGACCUUCCACCCCGGCGCUUCCUCGUUAUGCUUUGUCAUAUUACUGCUGUGGGUCGGGGGUGCGUGCGCCUUUUCAGCAGCGGCGGCGGCCGGGCCUGCUGGUCCCACCACCGAGUUUUUCCAAUAUACACUCGUCGAGAGCACCGACCAGCUGGAACAACAGCAACAACGACAACCACACCACCACGGCAAUGAAUGGUUCGAACCCGUACCCCCUCCCCACCUGUUCCGCAUCCCCGCGCCGGGAGGAGACGUCUGCCUGGUCGUCGACGAAAACAAAUCCUACUAUGCGAUGAGAGACUGCUUUCCUCCUUUCGGCGUACCCGUGUCGCAAACAGGGGUGGUGGAUUCGCAGGUGGACGCCAUCGGCGACAGCUUGUUCGGGACGCGGUUCAACCUCGAAGACGGUACCGUCCGAGGGCCGUGGUGCCCCGGAGGUGGUACGGCGGGGCCUCUCCUCCUCUGGCUCGCGCGCCACCGGCGACAUCGUCUCUUCACUCUCCGCAUCGGCGUAGCCCGGAGCAUAAACCACCUGACACACCAUCUGUUUUUGUUCUCGAAACAAAGGAGAGCAAGAGGUAGUUGGGCGACGUCCUUUCGACCGCCAUCAUCGCCAAAUUUCAUCGAAAAGACGACGACGACGACGCUGGAAGUGCUUACGGUCACGGAGCAACUCGACGGGAGCUUGACGGUGGCAUUGCCUCGCUGUUCGUCGGCCCUCGCCCCCGGGGGAAACGGAAAUUCGGCUGCCAACGGGAGACCAUCUCCCAUGCACAACGCGUCUACGUUCGCUGCCAAAUGCGACCUGGAGGGUUAUGACUUUUGAUUAGUGUACACACGACGGACACAUGAAAGAAACGUUCAGCGGGACGAAAGUUUAUAAGGACGGUUCAGGACCGUAAAGUAGGAGAGUACGAGCGGCGGCGACGUGGAAGUAGCAAAGGUUAGGUUCUCGCUGAGCGACAGCAAGUGUUGCACAGGAUGUGGGGGCAUUGACCCAGGAAGGAGCUCGUGGACAGAGCAACAGAAGGCGAUCAAAGGACCAAUGGCGCAACCGACUGCUCACAAC